GUCUUCGAAAAAACACCUCUAAGUCGUGGCUUUUUUCGAAAUAAAUAGCUUAGGUGCAUUUGAUAGACAUCACUAAUAUAUCAAAAACGCACAAUGCACUAGCUACAGUCAAGCUCCUUAAUCACCCAUCAGCCAUGGAUAAAUCACGUAGUCAUAUUUUAGGCAUUGAAAAUGAUGCGAGACCCUUGUCAGGCACUGAGGCAUACUGCGACUACUCAAGAUGUCUCUCUCUAUCUAGCAGAAAUAAAACGACAGAGAACAGUGCUUUGGCUGCAUUGUUUCUUCGACAACUAUAGUGACUGUGGUACUCUCGAACAGGCGAUAAUGGGAAUUUUGAGCCAGUCGAGUAACCAGGUUUGUUUGCCACGCACCUACGAGGUAACGCACGUAUACCACUUACUCGGUCUCAUGCUUUUGGCAACUUAUAUUGGCAUAAGGACAGAUUUUAUGUGAAAAGUUUAUAAUCUAACAUAACUCUAAAAGUUUUCUGAAAACCAUGUUUUCUCAGGGAUCUAAAAAUAUUUCUGAUUGUUCUCAUAAUAGGUUAUUUGUAUUGUGUAAGUAUCAUUACCUGCAUAUGGUUUCUUUCGCUCUACCAAAAUUUACUGAUUUUUGACGACAUCUAUUUCUCAUUGUAAAAAUAAAGUCUGCUUAGAUUUUUUUAUCCCUGUCCUGCAGACAUUUUGCUCUUUAAAUAUUGUUCCCUAACAAAAAUAAUAUUUUCUAUUCCUCUCUACUGAUCGUCUUAUCAAUGCCUAACGCACUGAACCACUUAUUUUUUUUUGCUUUACCGUAACUGAGUCAUUUUUAGUUUAUUAACCGCUUUAUUUUUAAUUUGUUACUUGCGUAUUUAACUUUGUCACAUGUUAAAAUAAAAUGUUUUUCGUAGUAGCCUACUUAUAUAAGUCUAAUUCCGCAUCUUAAACGCAUCCUCAAUGUCUUAAGGACAUCAGGAUGUCUUAUUAUAUGCAUAAAAAAUGCACUUGAUUUACACGGGAAAAGAUAUUCAAAAUGCCUUGGCCCAACAUCCAUGAUGUCUCACCAAGAUGCUACGAGUGCAUAAAACUGGAAUCCAGCCGCUUUCGUAAGACGUCGCAGCGCGUCUUUUACAUGGAAAUCUCAUCUUACUGAUAAAAAAUGAAGUCAUCUUUGACUCGCGUGAAGUGCAUUUUUUUUUUCGAAAAUGCACCUCUUUUUUCACAGUGUAAGUGUCUCUUAUCGAAAGCUUGAAUAAACCUUACACUGAUUUUUGUUAAAAAUCUAGAUGAUCUUUGUAGCAGUUUUAUACUCAAUAAUAUUUAAAUCAGUUUACUGGUAGUUCAAUAUAUUUACUGAUCAUUCAUUCAAUUAACUGAUUUUAGAAUAUUUUAUCUUACUAAUCAUAAUAUAUAUUUUACUGAUCACUUAAAUCCAUGCCUUUUAAAAUUCAAAAAUUCUUCUGUGCUAAAAUUCAGAAAUUCUUAUAUGCUGAACUUCAGAAGUUCUAUAUGUGUAUCCCCUCUGUAGACUAUCACUUACUUUCAACUUUAGUACUUUUACAAAAAACGGACAUCUCUGUAAUUGAUUCUAAUUAAUGAAUUUGAUUAUAAUAGCGCAUAAAUAAAUUCAAGGGAUAUCGUGAUUGUACCAGAAUGAUAGAAUAUAGUUAAAACGAAAAUAGCGAGCACUGAUAACUGGGAAGAGACAGUGUUUAUAUUAUGUUGUCCGUUGAUUGAAAAUGAUUGUGUAUGCCAACAAAAGGAGAAACUGUUUUGGAGUUUUGUUUCGUCCGCUGUCCUGAGAACGUUAUUUUGGAGAAUAGCUGACAGAGGCUUGUGUUUUAGUUUUGAGAGAAGAGUCUUAACUUUCCCCUUUUUCUAGAAUCUCGGUACUUUUUACAAUAAAUGAUGCUGAUUCAAUAAUUCUUGUUCGUGUAGGUAGAAGAUCGUUUAGGUCAAUACGCUUUGAGUCUUAUAUCGACAUAUUUUUUAGACAAUGAAGCGAAAGUUGUUUAUUUAAUAUGGAGGCCGAUUUAGAAGAAGCUCUCAAAUUAGCUAAAGACAAAAGACGUAAAAUGCUAGAUCAUGACUUACAAAGUCGUCGAAUGCAACGUAGUAGUGAUGAUAUAAUCGUAAACAGUGUACCGAUAUAUGAACAAAAUUCUGAUACUGAUUCUGAAUAUGAAUUAUUAAAUGUUGAAAAUGACUCGUCAAUGAGAAAUGAAAUCAACAGUGGUACUGAAGAAAAUCUAGAAAUAGAUGACGAAAAUAUUAUCGAUAAUAAUAUUGCUAUAACGGUCCCAUUUUCAAUAAAUGUAUCAGGUGAUAAUGAUAAUAGGCCAUAUAUUCCCCAACAACAUUUACAUAAUUAUACAAAUAUUUUAACAUUUGAUUAUUGUGAAGAUUUACUAACCGUUUUACGUAAUGCGCAUGUAUCUAAAUCACAAUCAGAUCACAUUAUAAAAUUAAUUAAAUCUGCAUUACCCAUAUCAAAUAAUCUUCUAAAUACCUUAAAAGGUAUUUUGUCUGAAACUAAUAUUAAUGAUAUUUUUACCAAACGAAGUGUAUGUACAUUUAUUGCACAUGUUUAUGAUACACAGUUAAAUGUAAAAUUGUUAGCAAUGCUUACACGUUUAGCAUCUGAUAUUACAACAUAUGAAUAA